UCAAAAGAAAGCGUUGUAAAAUCGAAUUGUAAUCAUGAUAACGACAAUAAUUCUAAAAUUAGAUUGCCGCGAUUAGAAUUACCUUCUUUUAACGGGGACAUUCAAAAUUGGUCUAUUUUUUAUGAAAAUUUCCACAACAUAAUACAUAGUAAUAAUACUUUAUCCAACUCAGAGAAAAUGCAAUAUUUGCUUGGUAGAUUAACGGGGCACGCGCUCGACUUAAGUAAAGGAAUUUUACCUACGGGCGACAAUUAUUCAUUAUUAUGGUCCGCACUUUGUGACAAAUAUAACGAUAAACGUUCACUUGCAGUGUCUUAUUUUAACCAACUUCUUAAAUUACCAGUAAUAAAUACCGCAACUCCGGCCGCUUUGGAGGGUUUUGUAGAUAAAUACUCGACGCUUGUGUCCGCUUUAAAACAAAUCGAUAUAACAAAUUUAGCUGAGUUCAUGUUUGUUCACUUAGGAUUGAGAUCGUUAGAUUUAGAAACUGUUAAGUGUUUUGAAAUGCAUAUUAGAGAAAACAAAGAAUUCCCAACAUCAUCUGAAUUAAUUAAAUUUAUCAGAGACCAGUAUCGCGUUCUAAGUCGCACCAAUGUUAAUAAUAUUGUAAAGUUUUCGAGCUCACAAAACAAUAAUAAUACUAAUUCUUACAAAACUCGCGCCGCGACACAGAAUAAAACGUUUAAAACAUUUGUCAACAUUCAAAGUAGGUAUGAUUCACCGUCUCCAUACGCAUUUAAUGAAACUAAAUCAUUAAAAUGUAAUUGUUGCAAUGUUGAUAAACACCAGUUGUAUCAAUGUCCUAAAUUUACAUCAUUAAAUCCCUUUGAACGUUAUACGUACGCGAAAAUUAAUAAAUUAUGUUUUAAUUGCCUUAGCCACCGUCAUUCAAUAGUAGAUUGUAAUUCUAUUAAACGUUGUCGUUUUUGUUCGCGUAAUCAUCACUCGCUUAUACAUUUUUCGGAUUCUACAAAACAAGCUUUCGCUAAUACAAUGACUCACGCUGAAGGUCAUAACAAUAAUUUAAAUACUCCCGCAAAACCUAAUCAUAACCGCAAUGAUAAACAUAUCGCAUUGUUUUCCCGCUCGCCCGCAGCCGCAGCUCGCUAUAAUAGUUCGCUUCCGCGCGCCAGCGCUGGUGCCUACUCGCACGCUCCCCGAAUAGAAGCACGCAACUCUCCCUCUUAUUCUCCCGCAUAUGAGAAUUCCGCUCCCCGCAUAAAUACAUGCAACAACGCUCCCUCUUAUUCUCCCGCAUAUGAGAAUUCCGCUCCCCGCAUAAAUACAUGCAACAACGCUCCCUCUUAUUCUCCCGCAUAUGAGAAUUCCGCUCCCCGCAUAAAUACAUGCAACAACGCUCCCUCUUAUUCUCCCGCAUAUGAGAAUUCCCCUCCCCGCGUAAGUACACGCAGCAACUCUCUCUCUUUAGGGCUUCGCCCUCCCGCAUACCCUCCCGCUCCCGCUUCUUAUGAAGAACACGCUCCCCACGCAUACGCACAAACCGCGCAUAUUGCGGACGCACCCGCGCAUUUCCCGCCCGCACGCACUUCUAAGUCAGAGGAUGUGCAACAAAUUAAUUUCGCUUCCGCACGAGACAAUCAAAAUAUUUCGCUUUGUGUUACGAAUACGCACUCGGAGGUCAUUGACCCUUCGCGUAACAUUUACAAUAAUUGUCAAACUGUACUUUUAGGUACAGCGGUAUGCUACGCCCAACAGUUUGAUACGAAAAAAUUAAUACCUAUUCGUGUUUUAAUAGAUUCUGGUUCUAUGAAAGAUAUAAUUACGCGUGAAUGUUGUGAUCGCUUAAAUUUACCGCUAUUUUCCGCUCAAAACGCUCAAGUUUCUGGUUUAGGUGAUGUUGUGAAUAACCCCUGCGGGUUAACAAAUUUAAAAUUAAUUUCUCGCUUAAAUGAUAAGGUUCGGUUUGAUUUACAGCCUUACGUGGUUGAUAGAAUUACUAGUGAAUUGCCCUCAUGUAAAGUUGACAUUUCUUCGCUAUCUUAUUUAAAGGAUUUGCCGCUCGCAGAUAAUUAUUAUUACCAGCCCGGUACGAUUGAUAUGAUACUCGGUUGUGAAGUAUUCGCUCGCAUAUUGUUACAACGUAAGUUUUCUCGCGGUUCAAACGAACCUAUCGCUAUAGAAACUACACUCGGUUUUUUGAUUUUAGGCAAAGCUCAGACCGCGUCAACUGACGAUCGCGCUCAAACUUUCUUUUGUAAUUUUAAUUGUACGUUUGAAAAUUGUAUUUCCCGUUUCUUUGAUACGGAAGAAUUACCUAGUGAUAAUUAUUUAACUCCCGCUGAACAAGAAUGUGAAAAUAUUUUCGAACAGACUACGUCGCGAGAUAGUAAUGGUAGGUACUCGGUCGCGCUACCAUUUAAGGCUGACCCCGCGUCGCUAGGAGAGUCUAGGCAUAUCGCCGAGCGCCGCUUUUUAUCUCUCGAACGCCGUUUGUCAGUAAAUCCGCUAGUUAAACGUGAGUACGAUAAAAUAAUAAAUGAGUAUAUAGAAAAGGGUUAUAUUACAAUUGUAAAUAACAACACGCUUAAUUCGAAUCAAUAUUAUGUAAUUCCGCAUCACGCUGUAGUCAGAGGAGAUAAAUUAACAACAAAGGUUCGAAUGGUUUUAAAUGCUAGUAUGAAAACAUCCUCAGGUAUUUCGUUAAAUGAUAUUUUACACACAGGAAGAAAUUUACAAUCGGAUUUGUUUCGAAUUAUUUUAAAUUUCCGACUGUUUCCGGUCGCGGUAAGCGCUGAUAUUCGACAAAUGUUUUUACAAGUGACAGUUAAAGAGUCCUUUCGACAAUAUCAAAGAAUUUUGUAUAGAUUUAACUCGAAUGAGCCUAUUCAAUUGUAUCAGUUUAAUAGAGUAACUUUUGGUAUGACAUGUAGUCCGUACUUAGCCAUGCGCGUAAUACGUCAACUUAUGAACGAUGAACGUUCACGAUUUCCUGUUGCGGUUGCAGCCUUAGAAAAGGACGCAAUAUAUACAGAUGAUGUUGCCCUGAGUUUUAGAAAUACCGCUGAAGCUAUAACCGCGUCAAAACAGCUGAUUGAUUUGUUCGCCGCCGGCGGAUUUGACUUAGUCAAAUUCGCUAUUGUAAGGUUCCUGCAGCGUCGGGAGGUUUACUACGAAACGGAACGCGUCUUCGCUUCGGUCAAAGUGAAGAUGUUACUUGAGGAUUCUGGUUCUUGA